GACACUGAAGAUACAGGGGUCCCCAGGAAAGUCUGGGUGAACAAGUUGAGAGCGGAAAGACGGUUGGAUCUAGCUCCCUGUAGCCCAAGAUGAACGAGUAUGAGUAUAUUUACAUGAAGAAGCGCAAGGACUUCGGUCGAUACUGUAAUUUCGAUACAGUUGAGGCGAAGAUCCUUGGGCAAGUGGAGAAGCAGCCUCAGUGUGGCGACAUGUAUGUGGAGCAGACCAUCAUCAAUGCAGUCUUUCACAACAUUCCGGAGUUCUCGGAGCAUUCCGUGAACACCGCACGGGUCAAGACGCACGCCCGGGUGAUGACCCACGUGGAGGGCGGCUGGCCCAAGGAGAUUGACUACAGUGAAGCCCAAGAUACGUUGAAGUACCGGAAACGAUUGGAGAAGGAUCCUGCGUACAUUAGUGCUGUGAGACAGCUCACCAAGCAGACCAUCCCAUGCCUGGAGAUGAACAACACCAUCGAUCUCUUUGAGAUCUACUUUCAAGAGGAAGAGCCGGACCACAUGCCGGAGAUUCUGAAUUUGAAGACCAUCGCGCUCUUCAAGGACCCUUCAGAUGAAGCCAGGAGCGUCACAAAGAUUGGUUGGCAUCCAGAGGGACCCACGAAGCUUGUGGGAUCCUACUCGAACCUCCGAUUCCAACGCAUGUCAGAGGAUAUGCCCAUGGCCUCCUUCAUUUGGGACAUUAGUGAGCGGAAUGUGCCCUUGAUGGAGUUGCGAGCGACCUCUCCUCUCAUAUGCUGCCAGUACAACCAGAAGAAUCCAGACUGGCUGCUGGGAGGAAGUUACAAUGGCCUCAUCAACCACUACGAUCUCAGGAAGGGACCUUCCCCAUGCCUGAAGUCAUCCGUAGAAGUGGGCCACUACGAUCCAGUCUAUGACGUCGUUUGGCUUCAAAGCAAGACGGGCACGGAGUGCGCCUCCGUCUCCUCGGACGGGCGGCUGCUCUUCUGGGACGUGCGGAAGCUCCACGAGGUGGCAGAUGAGUGUGUCCUGACAGACGGCAACAAAGAGAGCCCCAAGACCUUAGGUGGCGUCUCCUUGGAAUGGAUGCAGGAAGCUGGACCCACCAAGUUCCUCGUGGGAUCGGAGCAUGGCAUCAUCCUCUCCUGCACCAAGCGGCCGAAGAAGCAGGUGGAAAUUGGAACCUGGUUUGGCUCUGAAGAUCGUGGUGGCUACGGCAAGCACUUUGGCCCGGUGUACUCGGUGAAGCGUAACCCCUUCCACCCCAAGUUCUUCCUCUCGGUGGGCGACUGGUGUGGAAAGAUGUGGAUGGAGGAGCUGAAAGGCCCGAUGCUCCAGACUCCAUACUACCCAGCCUUCAUUAGCGCCGGAGCAUGGAGUCCAACCAGGGCCGGUGUGUUCUUCCUGGCUCGGCAAGAUGGCCGCCUGGAUGUGUGGGACUACUUCUACCGCAUGAAUGAGGUGGCGCUGACGCAGCAAGUGUCAGAUCGUGCGUUGACCUCGCUGAAUGUGCAGUCUCAUGGCCGCCUUGCCGCUGUGGGCGACGCGGGAGGUGUGAUCACGCUGCUGCAGCUGUGCGAUGGCCUUGUUGAUCCAGGACCCAAUGAGAAGAACAUGAUCGGUUGGAUGUAUGAACGGGAGACGAAGCGAGAGAAGUCCCUGGAGCAGAUCAAAAAGCAGGGCGGAGGAGCUAAGAAGGAUGAGAAGGAUGGUGCGACAGGUACGACAAUUGACAAGACCAAGUACCAGGAACGAGAGAAGGCCUUCUUCACCGAGCUCAACAUGACCGGUGAUGACCUGGGCACCACUUUGCCAGCACGCUAGCGAAUGGUGACCGCUGGGUGACCGCUGGCAAAGAUUGAACACUCUUUUCCGCUACGGUGACCGAGGUAACCGGUGGUGUGUAGAUGAUGCAUCGGUACCUUGUUCGCAGCCUCAAGUCUCACACAGGGUGUCGUGGUGACUGUACAGCAUCCUGCCAGCAUGUGGGUCACUUGAAGCAUGGUUUCACAGAGAGCCCGUCGGCUCACAGCUUGACGCUUGCAAAACUUGCGCAAGAAAA